AUUGCAAUAAAACAAUGUUUCGUCAGCUGACAGAAGAGCGUUUGAGGACUUAAAACACAUAUUUCGAUGUAAAGAGAGCGAACACAGUUAUUAGAUUCGAGAUGAAUUUUGAGGGAUCAAAAAGCUUUCUUGUUUCGGACCUGUUUGAUAAUUAUGCAGACUUGGUGGCUGAUCCGUCGUGUGUUUGCAGCGGAGGAUUUGCCACCGUUGACAAAAUCGACACAGUCCCGAUUGUGCAAGCAUCAGCUCCUGCGAUUGGUGGAUUAAGUCAUGAAGAUACAGCUAUAUUGGCAGGAAUUCUAACCGGGCUAGCAACCUUCUUGUUUCUUGCCUUGCCCAUUCUUUGCUGCCUGUGUCCACUUCCAUGUUGCCCGUGUUGUGGUGGAGGAGCAGCUGGUAGUAAGAGCAAGAGAACAGCGGGUGCUAUAGGGGCAGCCAAAGUAAAAGAAAUGGAGACUAUCAGCCGCAGAAGCACGGACGUGGACUCUGUACACAGUUACCGAACCUUCAAUAAAGAAUGGGACAAGCUGGACAAAUACGACUAUGACAAUUUGUACGAAGUGGACAUGAAACUUCCAAGAGCCUGGGUGGAAUCUCUGAGAGGAGUGCCUAAUGACCAAAUUGACCACAAACUACGCGAACUAGAGACCGGUUGGGAGGGACAGGACAUCAGGAACUACGAACUGGAGGCCCUUCGGCACGAGAACCUGAUGAACUUUGAUGCUGGAUAUCAAUCUGGUUCCGGUUCAGUUGGGUACAGCAACGCCGCCUAUCGGGGAGAUGGAUUCGGUGAGGUCAUGGGAUCAAUGGGUGGGGGAAUCGAAAUCGAACGUACUCGGCAAAUCAACAUCACUACAGCUGCGUCACAACUUCCGGAGCAGGAGUACAUAAUGGAGAGGGAAUUUCGUCAGGAGCUGAACGGUUUGGACAAUGAUAACUUUGAGAAGAUAUACACCACCUAUCGGAGGUUGCUAAACGACACAAAACAAACCUCUUUCUGAAGAGUUUCAAUAUUCCAAGAUUGAAUGUAAAUUGAUCCAUUAUUUCAAUAUUAUAAAUUGUGCUUAAGAAGUGCUUUAUUGCAAUGCAACCUA